ACGAACAAAAAAAACAUGGAUGAAGAAAACGGAACUCCUCCUAAGAGAAAGCCUGUCGGAUGGAAAGCCAUGCCUUACAUCUUAGGGAACGAGACGUUGGAGACACUGGCGACAUUCGGGCUGGUAUCGAACUUCAUGGUGUACCUAGGAAGAGAGUAUCACAUGGACCAGGUUCAGGCCGCAACCCUAAUCAACACUUGGACCGCUUGCACCAAUUUAUCUCCCGUCGUCGGAGCAUUCAUCUCCGACUCUUUGGUCGGCAAGUUUCCAACCAUCGUCUUCGGUUGCUUGGCAGAAUUAUUGGGCAUGGUGAUUUUGACAUUGACGGCUCUGAUCCCUGGACUGCGACCACCGCCAUGCACCGCCGUUGAUGAGUGCGUCGGCUACACCAAUGGGCAGAUGAGUAUCCUGAUAUUAGGGCUUUCAUGGUUAGUCAUUGGAAGCGGAGGAAUACGUUCUUGCAGCGUUCCUUUCAGCAUCGAUCAGUUCGAUGUUUCGACCCAAGAAGGAAGAGAAGGAAGCAGAAGAUUCUUUAGCUGGUACUACACCACUCGGACAAUCGUUCUGUUGAUCUCACAAACCCUAGUGGUUUAUGUCCAAAACGACAUAAGCUGGUCCAUAGGUUUCGCCAUUCCUUCCGUUCUCAUGGUCGUUGCCAUUGUUAUGUUCCUCUCCGGUUCUCGCUUCUACGUUUACGUAAAGCCCGAGGGAAGCGUCUUCUCCGAUGUUGCCCAAGUUUUCAAGUCGGCUUAUCGGAGAAGAAAGGCGGCUCAAAUUUCAUCCGAGCUGGGUGAUUUCUGUGACCCGUUUCUGCCUAAGAUUCAGCCAUCAGAAGAACUCACCGAUCAAUUCAGGUUCUUGAACAAAGCCGCGAUAGGGAGGGACAAUGGCGAUGAAGGUGAUGGAGAAUGCAGAGAGAAGUGGGAGGUGUGUAGCGUGAAGCAGACAGAGGACGUGAAGAGCAUAAUAAGCAUAAUUCCGAUAUUUGCGACAAGCAUUAUAGGAUUCUUGGCUAUUAACCAACAGCAGACCUUUACAGUCUCACAGGCCCUGGAAAUGGACCUCCACGUCCCAGGGACGAGCUACCAAGUCCCGGCCAGUUGCAUCACCGUCAUAUCACUCAUCACCAUCGGCAUAUGGAUCCCCUUCUACGACGCCUUUUUGGUUCAUCCCCUCGAAAAACUCACCAAACAGGAAGGAGGCAUGACCCUACUCCAGAAAGUCGGGAUAGGGAACAUCUUCUCGAUCAUCGCAAUGCUGGUAUCGGGUGUGAUCGAGCACAUGAGAAGAGAUUCAGCCCUUGGUGGGUCGGAAUUAUCGGUAUUUUGGCUUGCACCGCCACAGAUACUGAUGGGAUUCGCUCAAGUGUUCACCUUCGUAGGUCUGAUCGAGUUCUUCAACAAGCAAGUUCCGACAAGGAUGAGGAGCAUAGGGAACUCGCUUAUGUGGUUAGCUUUGUCGGCUUCCGGCUACGUAAGCAGCAUGGUGGUGAACGUCGUCCAUGACGUGACCGGGCGAGACGGAGGAGAGAGUUGGCUAACGGACGAUGUUAAUACGAGCAAAUUAGAUUAUUUUUACUUCUUCGUGGCGGGAGUGAGCACUCUCAACCUCAUCUUCUACUUGUUUUCUGCUCAUCGGUACCGUUAUAGGAACAUGUAAGCAAGAUUAAUUUAAAUUGGUGAUAUAACCUACGAUGUGACGGACUGAUUAUAUGUAACAAAAAUAAAGUCCAAAUUACCAGAUAAUUACGCAAAAACAUGAGAGAUUAGGACAAAACAAGACAAAACCAAAACAAACAAAAACUAAGUCCCCCCUAAGAGGUGAGACUAUUAAAUAAACAGGGAGAUCCUCCUAAUAGGGAACAUCACUGACACCACCGGCUGAACCAUGGCGAUUGCACAGAUGACCACUGGCUGAACCAUGGUGAUUGUACGGAUGACCACUGGCCCUUCUUCCCCUGUUGCUGUUGUAGUCGUAGUUCCUUUGGUAAUUAUUCCCACCGGAAUGAUAAUUGUUCCCUCCAUUUUGAAAGCUUCCUCUUCCAUUAGAGUAUCCCCUCCGUCCUCCCCUCUGGUUAUGGUGAUUAUACCGUCUCUGCGUGUAUUGUUGUUUCUCCUCCGGUACUACUGCUACCUCUGCAUGAA